AUGAGCGUCCUUCAAGCUACCCUCCCACCAGCCCGUCUCUUGCGUCCUCGCCUCGCCGUCACCCUCGCUAAAAUGUCAACCACCUCGGCCGCCUCGGCCACCGCGCCCGGCGCCCAGUUCGAGCACCGUCAAACAUUCACCUCUUCCGAUUUCACCCCGAAUCCGUCCGAGUCCCUUCCCCUUUCCCCCGCCCGCCAGCGCCUCGUCGACGACAUUCUCGCGCUGUAUUCGUGCCGCCCCACCGUCGCGCGCAUCGAGCGCUACACACCCGACGCCGUCUACGACGAUCAGUUCGGCUACGCCGAUAACCGCUAUAAGAUUGCCGCCCAGUGGUUUGGCCUCCCGAAAAUAUUCAACGCCAGCGAGAAUGCCGGUUAUCAAGUCGUUCGCGACGAGCCAAGUCUCAUCCAGUUUAAGAGCAGUCAGAAGUGGACGUUUCCCGUUGUGCCCAAGACGGCGACGCUCAACUCAAUGAUUUCGCUCAGCCUUGAUCCCGCGACGGCAGACUCGGAUUUCAUACGAAUCAAGUACCACAAGGAUCAGGCGAAUGAGAAAGAUUAUACCCAUGCGGGUAUAGGGUUCAAUCUAAGAAAGUGGCAAGCGGACCAGCUGCCCAAGUAUCUCAACGCAGAGGAGCUUAAGCACUUCGAGGCGGAUAAAAAUGUGCCCCCUCAAAAACCGAUGGAACCGUGA